AUGAUUAAGCAUAUUUUAUUUGCUUUAUUUUUACACAUAACAAUAUAUAUUAUGUUCAUAUCAUGCAAAUUUUAUCAAAUAGCUAAAAAUAGAAAUAAACUAUUUUACAUAACAUCUAUUGACAAACAAAACACAAUUAAUAAUAAUAAUAAUAAUUUAAAAAAUAUAAAGCUUAUUAAAAAAAAAAAACAACAAUUUAUUCUUUUAAAAAAAAAUAAAAAUAUCAUAAUUAACUUAAAUUCAUUUUUAAAAAAAAACGAAAAAAAAAAUAAUGACUAUUCUUCUUUUUUGUAUACACAUAAAAAUUCUGAACAUUUAAUUGACAAUUAUUCAUAUAGUACAAGAAAUGAAUAUAACCAUAGUGAUUCACAUUUUGUAGAAAACACAAAUAAAAAACCAACAGAAAUAUUUAAUUCAAAUCAUCCAGGAUAUCAUGAUAAUGGAAAUGAUAUAACUACUUAUUUUCAAGUUAAUAAAUGCUUAAAAAAAAAUCGUGAAAAAAAUGGGUCUCGGAAAAGGGGGCUAGUACUCAAGUAUAGUAUAGACGAAAAAAAGGGAGAGGAAGACGAAAAACAGGGAGAGGAAGACGAAAAAAAGGGAGAGGAAGACGAAAAAAAGGGAGAGGAAGACGAAAAAAAAGGAGAGGAAGACGAAAACGAAUACAUGAACAAAUUUAUAAGCGACUAUAUGAAAAGAAACGAACACAUUUUAAACGAUAAUGAACAAUUUAAAAAUUUAGAUAAAGAAAAGAUGCUAGAAGAAUAUAACAGUUUAGUGGAAACUUUAAAAAAAAGUAAUGAAGCUAUAAUAAAUAAAUAUAAAGAAAAUGAAAAAGAAAAUAAAUAUGAAAUAAAUGAAAGAACUAUAAAUAGUUCUAACAAAAUUAAUAUUGAAAAAAUAAAGAAAGAUAUUGAAACAUCAUUUACUCAAGAUCUUGGAAUUGAACACAAAAUUCAAAGCUACAUUAAUUUAUUUACACAACAAGAAGUUGGGCCACAAAACGGUGUGGAGGAUAAUACAAAAAAAAAUAAUGAACACGAAAAAAUAGACCAUAAUGAAGGCGAAAAAAUAGACCAUAAUGAAGGCGAAAAAAUAGACCAUAAUGAAGGCGAAAAAAUAGACCAUAAUGAAGGCGAAAAAAUAGGCCAUAAUGAUGGCGCAAAAAUAGGCCAUAAUGAUGGCGCAAAAAUAGGCCAUAAUGAUGGCGCAAAAAUAGGCCAUAAUGAUGGCGCAAAAAUAGAGAGUAAAGAAACAGAGUUUAUCACAGAAGAUGAAGAAGAAGAAAAUAUAAAAAUUUUAAAAACUAUUUUAAAAGGAGAUUACAAAGAUCUAAACAAAUUUAAUUUUAAAUUUUCAAAAAAAGAUCUAGAAAUGAUGAAAAAUGUGAAUCAAGAAAAUGUUAAUAUGGAAGAAAAAGAAUUAAUAGAAAAAUUGUUUUUAAAAAUAAUAAAUGAUUCAAAUGUCAUAAAAAAUAUAAAUAAGAAAGAAGAAAAACUGUUACAAAUAUAUGAUAAACUAAAAAAGGAAAAUAAAAUAAUGAGAGAUGAAAAUAUAGAAAAUAUAAAAUAUUAUAAUAAUAAAAAAAUAAAUAAAGAAAAAAAUGAAAAAAAUUAUGAUAAAACAAUAAUACCAAAAGAAACAUUAUUUAAUAAAGUUUCAAAUAAGUUUGUUGAAAUUAGUGAAGAAAAAAUAAAUGAAAUGAGUGAACUUGAAAUAAAAGAAGAGUUAAAAAAAAGAGGAUAUCCAACAUUUGGUAGUAUAAAAGAAAUAAAAAUGAGAUUAUUAGAUGUAAUGAAAAUUAAAGAGAAUAAUGAAUAUGAUGUUAGAAAAAUUAUUAAAAAUCCAGAAGAAAACUUAUUAUCUAAUAUCAAAUAUGAUAAACUAAAAAAAAAUAUUAAAAUUUAUAAAGAAAUGGAAAAAUAUGGAGAUACAGAAUCGAAACUUAAGAAAAUUGAUUCUGCUUUAGAAAUAUCAAAAUUUAUAGAAGAUCCAGUAGAUUAUUUGAGGAUAGAUGCAACACAUAAGUUUGUAAAAAUGGAUGAAGAAACGAAUGAAGACGUUUCGAAAAUACCAAUUAUAAAUGAUGUGAAUAUAGAUGAAGAAAUUUCGAUGGCUGAAAAAUUGAAAAAAAAUAUAAUUUUAGAUAAUGUAGAUCAAGCACCAAGUUUUGUCAAUUAUACCAAUCAAAAUGAAAAUAUGAAUGAAGAAACAGAAGAAAUGUAUAGAACAAAUAUAUUAAAACAUGGAAGUUUACAAGAAACUAUAGAAGAAUUUCAUAUAAAACAUAAUUUAUGUCUUAAUUUUAUUGGAGAUUUUAUUUGUAAAUUUUCAAAUGCUCAUAUACAAAAUAUUAAUAAAUAUAGAUAUAAAACAAAAGAAGAAAUUGAUAAUUUAAAAAAUAAUGAAUUUGAAUAUUUAAUAAAUGAAUCUACAUUAAACCAUGAUUUUAUUGUAUAUAAAUUUGUUAAUAAAAAUGACUUAAUAAAAAAUUAUCUGACUACUAAAAAUAUAAUGACACUAAUUGAAUAUGCUAAUAUUUCAGAUCCUGUAGAUAUUAUACAUUAUUAUUCUCCUGAAACAUUAUUUAUGAUUAGUGAAGAAUAUAAUAUACCUAUAAAUAAAAUUAUAGAUGCAUGCACAUCUUUAAAUAUUAAGUUGCCAUAUGGUGGCGACACACACUUAAACAAAAAGUGUUUCAACAUUUUGACAACUCAUUUGAGCAGAACAUGA